UGAUCAUACCACUGCACUCCAGCCUGGGUGACAGAGUGAAACCCUGUCUCAAAAAAAAAGGGGAAGGGGUAUAGAGAGGGUGGUCCCCCAUCUCUACCACCUUACUCAUACAGGGCUUCUUUUACCUGAGUGCCAAGCCUGGCUCAGGUCAUUGAGGAACAGAAGUCGUUUAGUGUUAGAGGAAGGAGAGUUGGGAACAGGGUCACUGUGUAUGGUUGUACAGUUUGUACCAGACACCGGACCAAGGAAGCCAUGUGCCCUGGGUCUGCCCAAAAGAAGGGUCUGCCUUUCUCAGUUGCACCAGGUCACCCGAUGAGCUGCUGCUGGCCCUAGUGCUCAGCCCAUCUGCAGGAAUAAACAGUCGCAACAUGGGUGUGCUCAAGACAGGCGGUCAGGGACUAGGAAGCAGCGGCUAAUUUCUCCAAAAUCUAACAAUAAUGAGAACUGGUUGUUUGCAUGCAUUUUCUCCCUUUAAUCCUUUACCACCGCCCUCUGAAGAAAGUAGUGGUGGUACCAUGUUGUGCCCAGUGAGGAAACUGAUUCUUGGAAAGACUAAGCAGUUCAAGGUCGUGCAGCCAGCAGGUCCAGGUUUGUCUGUCACCAGAGCCUUUGGUCUCAACCACUGGACUAGACUGAUCACUUUGCCUGGCCUUCUAACAAAUUGUAGCUUUUUUUUUUUUUUUUGCAUUUCCUAGUGAAAGGCAUUUUCCAAACUAUUCCACUAUGUACAUUAACAGUAAAUCCCUUGAAAAGAGCAUUUGUCAGUAUUUUCGGUGGCAGCAAAGAUGUGGGAGGCCUUGGAGAAAGGAGAAGGAGCCCCCUGAGAUAGAGAAGCAGGGGAGUCACAGCGAGGAGGGGAGAGCCAGCCAGAACUAGGAAAUGAUGUGGGGGCAGGGGCAUUGGAGGUAGGCCAGGUUCUCUGCUGUCCCUGCAAGAGCAGAGGAGGAGAUCAUCUGAGAUCCACUGAGUCAUCCAUCCAGUUGACUUCCCAAGAGUUUGGACCUGGCCUACCAGGGUACCUGGUUGAUGAUUUGAGAAGUGGUUUAUCCUUUGACUGGAAAAGAAAAGUAGCUGCAGUAUGCCCCCAGCACUUGCUGAGAGCAUGCCUUACGUCAGGCUGUGAGGCUUGAGAGACAAGCAGUGGAAGAGUUGUGGCCUGUUUCAUCUCUGGAUUAUACAUCUGAGCCUCCUUCUGGCUCCUGGAAGGGGACAGCAUCACCAUGGAAUGAUUCCUAACCAGCAUAAUGCUGGAGCCGGGGGCCAGCAGCCUGCAGUUUUCAGAAUGGCCGUGUUGGACACUGAUUUGGAUCACAUUUUUCCAUCUUCUGUUCUUCCUCCACUCUGGGCUAAGUUAGUAGUGGGAUUGGUUGCCAUUGUGUGUUUUGCACGCAGCUAUGAUGGAGACUUUGUCUUUGAUGACUCAGAAGCUAUUGUUAACAAUAAGGACCUCCAAGCAGAAACGCCCCUUGGGGACCUGUGGCACCAUGACUUCUGGGGCAGUAGACUGAGCAGCAACACCAGCCACAAGUCCUACCGGCCUCUCACCGUCCUGACUUUCAGGAUUAACUACUACCUCUCGGGAGGCUUCCACCCUGUGGGCUUUCACGUGGUCAACAUCCUUCUGCACGGUGGCAUCUCUGUCCUCAUGGUGGAUGUCUUCUCGGUUCUGUUUGGUGGCCUGCAGUACACCAGUAAAGGCCGGAGGCUGCACCUCGCCCCCAGGGCAUCCCUGCUGGCCGCGCUGCUGUUUGCUGUCCAUCCUGUGCACACCGAAUGUGUUGCUGGUGUUGUCGGCCGUGCAGACCUCCUGUGUGCCCUGUUCUUCUUCUUGUCUUUCCUUGGCUACUGUAAAGCAUUUAGAGAAAGUAACAAGGAGGGAACGUAUUCUUCCACCUUCUGGGUGCUGCUGAGUAUCUUCCUAGGAGCAGUGGCCAUGCUGUGCAAAGAGCAAGGGAUCACCGUGCUGGGUUUGAAUGCAGUAUUUGACAUCUUGGUGAUAGGCAAAUUCAAUGUUCUGGAAAUUGUCCAGAAGGUACUGCAUAAGGACAAGUCAUUAGAGAGUCUCGGCAUGCUCAGGAACGGGGGCCUCCUCUUCAGAAUGACCCUGCUCACCUCCGGAGGGGCUGGGAUGCUGUAUGUGCGCUGGAGGAUCAUGGGCACGGGCCCGCCGGCCUUCACCGAGGUGGACAACCCGGCGUCCUUUGCUGACAGCAUGCUGGUGAGGGCCGUAAACUACAAUUACUACUAUUCAUUGAAUGCCUGGCUGCUGCUGUGUCCCUGGUGGCUGUGUUUUGAUUGGUCAAUGGGCUGCAUCCCCCUCAUUAAGUCCGUCAGUGACUGGAGGGUAAUUGCACUUGCAGCACUCUGGUUCUGCCUAAUUGGCCUAAUAUGCCAAGCCCUGUGCUCUGAAGACGGCCACAAGAGAAGGAUCCUUACUCUGGGCCUGGGAUUUCUCGUUAUCCCAUUUCUCCCCGCGAGUAACCUCUUCUUCCGAGUGGGAUUCGUGGUCGCGGAGCGAGUCCUCUACCUCCCCAGCGUUGGGUACUGUGUGCUGCUGACUUUUGGAUUUGGAGCCCUGAGCAAACAUACCAAGAAAAAGAAACUGAUUGCUGCUGUCGUGCUGGGGAUCUUACUCAUCAACAUGCUGAGAUGCGUGGUGCGCAGUGGCCAGUGGCGGAGUGAGGAACAGCUUUUCAGAAGCGCUCUGUCUGUGUGUCCCCUCAAUGCCAAGGUUCACUACAACAUUGGCAAAAACCUGGCUGAUAAAGGCAACCAGACAGCUGCCAUCAGAUACUACCGGGAAGCCGUAAGAUUAAAUCCUAAGUAUGUUCAUGCCAUGAAUAAUCUUGGAAAUAUCUUAAAAGAAAGGAAUGAGCUACAGGAAGCUGAGGAGUUGCUGUCUUUGGCUGUUCGAAUACAGCCAGACUUUGCUGCUGCGUGGAUGAAUCUAGGCAUAGUGCAGAACAGCCUGAAACGGUUUGAAGCUGCAGAGCAAAGUUACCGGAUGGCAAUUAAACACAGAAGGAAAUACCCAGAUUGUUACUACAACCUCGGGCGUCUGACGCAGGCAGGAAGAGGCCCCGAGACCACCCUUCAGAAGUAUGCAGAUCUCAAUCGCCACGUGGAUGCCUUGAACGCGUGGAGAAAUGCCACCGUGCUAAAACCAGAGCACAGCCUAGCCUGGAACAACAUGAUUAUACUCCUCGACAAUACAGGUAAUUUAGCCCAAGCUGAAGCAGUUGGAAGAGAGGCAUUGGAAUUAAUACCUAAUGAUCACUCUCUCAUGUUCUCGUUGGCAAACGUGCUGGGGAAAUCCCAGAAAUACAAGGAAUCUGAAGCUUUAUUCCUCAAGGCAAUUAAAGCAAAUCCAAAUGCUGCAAGUUACCAUGGUAAUUUGGCUGUGCUUUAUCAUCGCUGGGGACAUCUAGACUUGGCCAAGAAACACUAUGAAAUCUCCUUGCAGCUUGACCCCACAGCAUCAGGGACUAAGGAGAACUAUGGUCUGCUAAGAAGAAAGCUAGAACUAAUGCAAAAGAAAGACGUCUGAUCCUUUUUCCUUCAUGUUUUCAGUUUGAGUGUGUGUGUGCAUGAGGCAUAUCAUUAAUAGUAUGUGGUUACAUUUAACCAUUUAAAAGUCUUAGACAUGUUAUUUUAUUGAUUUUUUCUAUGAAAACAAAGACAUGCAAAAAGAUUAUAGCACCAGCAAUAUACUCUUGAAUGCUUGAUAUGAUUUUUCAUUGAAAUUGUAUUUUUUCAGACAACUCAAAUGUAAUUCUAAAAUUCCAAAAUUGUCUUUUUUAAUUAAACAGAAAAAGAGAAAAAUUAUCUUGAGCAACUUUUAGUAGAAUUGAACUUUCAUUUGGGAUCUGAGCCUUGUCGUGUAUGGACUAGCACUAUUAAACUUCAAUUAUGACCAAGAAAGGAUAGACUGACCCCUACAAUUUGUAUAAAUAUUGAACGUGUCUAUAUAUUAGCAUUUUUAUUUAAUGACAAAGCAAAUUAAGAUUCUUGUUUUUUUAUCUCUUUUUUUAAAACAAUAUACUGUGAACUUUGUAAGGAAAUAUUUAUUUGUAUUUUUAUGUUUUGAAUAGGGCAAAUGGAAUGAGGAAUGGAAAUUGUAACAUGUAGUAUAUCUAGAUCUAUAUGCUUUUCCCCAUAGGAAGAAAUUGACUUCUGCAGUAGUUUUUGGAUGCUCUGACUUGUGCAAUUUCAAUACAUAGGAGGUUAUGUAAUGUAAUAUUUUACAUAAACAAUUACUAUCAGUUGAAAGUUCAGGCCAUGCUUUAGGCAAAAGCAGGCAGCCUCACAUCUUUAUUUUUGUUACAUCCAAGGUGAAGAGGGCAACACAUCUGUGUAAGUUGCUUUUUAGUGUUUUUAACUGAAAAGCCGUUUUCCAUUUUGCUUAAUGAAACUACAGACAUUAUCCAGAAAAUGCAAAAUUUUCUCUCAAAUGGAGCCACAUUCGGGGAAUUUGUGGUAUUUUUAAGAAUGGAGUUGUUCCUGCUGUUAUUUGAUCCAAACAAUGUUUUGUUUUGUUCUUCUCUGUAUGCUGUUGACCUAAUGAUUUAUGCAAUCUCUGUAAUUUCUUAUGCAGUAAAAUUAUUACACAAACUAGCA